AGUCGGCGUUCGCCGCGCGGGGUUGCGGGCUGGCGGCCGUCAGUCGUCGGGUGAGCGGGGUGCGACGUAAACGCGGACUCGGACUAUGGCGGAAGGGCUGAACCUCACUCCCAUAAAAGGGUCGAGUUGAUUGUGGUGCAGAUACGUGUGGUUCCCCCGCGCCCGGCACACAAAAUGCACUAACACUAUGAAACAUGAAAAUGGCUUUCAAAAAGUAAACAUUAUAUAUUGUUAAAGUUUUGUUGUAUUGUUCGUGGAACAGAGAGAAUACUUAUGUAUACAUUGAGAUAUUGUUGGUAUAUUAGAUUUUAAGCCCUGACUGGUAAAGAUCAUAUCUUCCAAAGAAGGAAAUAUAAAACGCAAAAAUGGCGACGCAAAGAUUUUGCUUGAGGUGGAACAACCACCAAUCGAAUAUGCUGUCCGUGUUUGACCAACUGCUACACGCAGAAACGUUCACCGAUGUAACACUAGCUGUGGACGGCCAGUUGCUAAAAGCACAUAAAAUGGUUUUAUCGGCUUGCAGUCCUUACUUCCAAGCCUUGUUUGUCAAUCAUCAAGAGAAACAUCCUAUUGUUAUACUGAAGGAUGUACCCUAUUCAGACAUGAAGAGUUUAUUAGACUUCAUGUACCGAGGAGAGGUGAGCGUUGACCAGGAACGGUUGACGGCUUUCCUGAAAGUCGCUGAAAGUCUGAGGAUAAAAGGCCUUACCGAAGUGAAUGAGGAGAAAUGUGAUAUUCCAGCCCUCACGAACUCUUUGAUACAACAUCAGCAAACGAACACGACCGCUCACACGCCCCCGCCCCAGCUUCAUAGGAUACAUCCGUACAUGCACCAAAAGCGGCCGGCAUCUGGGAUGCCUACUGGUGGAGCACCCCCGAAUUUAUUAAUGCCUUUAUUGGGCAACGCCUUAAUGCAACCGAAAAGGAAAAGAGGUCGACCAAGAAAACUAAGUGGGAGCUCCAGCGAUGCUUUAAACACAGCAGCUAGUCCACCUGGCGAAUUUAUACCGGAGUCCGCAGCACACGCUACUACCAAUAGGCCUGGAGAUCAACUCAUUCGUGGUUCACCGGAGAUGUUAGAAGUAAAGAUGUCCAUGGAUGGCUUCAACAACACUGAGGAUGGCGCAACAUCAGGCGGCGAGGAUGCAGGCGAGGCUUUGUUGAUUGAUGAGGGCGAUGACGCCCAAUCAACCGAAGCCCAUACCGGCAAGGACUCCGAAUCUGCAGAUCCCGAUAAACCACCCAAAGAGGAAACGCAUCAAAAGUAUCCAACUAACGGACCGGUUUUGUCUAUCGAAAACGGAUCCAUUAAGCAGGAACCUGCAGCCGACAUUACCGACGGGUACAAUGAACCUAUCGAAUACAAAUACAACCCUGAUCGGAGCCGCGAAAAUUCUAACUCUCAAGAUGGCCCUAUUAAAGAUGCAGACGAUAAAAACAGACUAGGUCGUAACUUGAAGCCAAAGAAUAAUAAAAAAAUACUACCCCAAAUGUCAAAAAUUAGAGCCCGAAACUUAUUCAAUCAGCUCUCUGGUCUCUCCAAUUUAAACCCCGCACUUAACAACUUUGACAAAUACCCACCAGAAACUGUUCUCAUGCCAGCUCUUGCCACUCAACUGUUCGCUGCUGAACUGGAGCAAAAUAACUUAAACUUGGCUAACAACGAAAUUGCUGAUCUAGCGCAAACUAACUGGGAACAUCGCAUAUUUCCAUCGCCGAUUAGGAAAAAUAAUAUUGGCAACGUAGGCAACUAUCACGAGGAUACUAACGAAUCCGUUAGGGAUUACUGUAUCAAGGAAGGAGAGAAUGUUUUCAGAUGUAAGAUUUGCGCGAGAGUGUACACGCACAUCAGCAACUUCUGCCGGCACUACGUCACUUCUCACAAGAAGGACGUCAAAGUGUUUCCUUGCCCCAUCUGCUGCAAAGAAUUCACUCGAAAGGACAACAUGAUUGCACAUCUAAAAAUUAUACACAAAAACCAACCAAACGCCAAUGAACAAUUGGCUAAACAGGAGUCCUAAUCGAUCCGAGGCAAUAUACUCAUUAUUAUUAUUAAUGACGGAAGAUUUUUAGAUCUGAUUAUAUUAUUAAAAGUAGGUUCGUUUGAUCUACGUAUAACAUAUUAAAUUCUAAAUAGUGGGUAAAUUGUAGAUUUGCGAUUGAGUAAGCAUUCGAGCUCUAAGUUUCAUGAGUAAAUUAUAUCAAUAAGUUGUUGAUAUUAAGUGAAAACGUUUGUUGUUAUAUUUAUAUAUUUAUAUGUUUGUUCCAUUUGUUUCUUAGAGUGCUGACCUUAAAAGAGAUUUGUCAUUUUCUAUGAUUUACUUGUUAUUUUGCACUUACUUGUUACUUAAUUUUAUUACUUACAAAUUUUUCAGGGUACAAAGUAACUACUCAUGGUGAUUUAUUAAAUCAAAGUAGUCAAUUCAACUACUUUUAUGUGCUGAAUAUUUAAAUUACUUACAUACAAUUCUCAUUGAACUGAAUUAGUUAGUAAUAAGUUAGUAGUUAUAAUCGAGAAUAAACAAUGGCAAAGUCUUUUUGUAUAUCACGAGUUUUUUGAAGUGCAACUGGUUUCAGUAUGCGAACUUGUGAUAAAAUAUACGCUAAAGAGGCUAAACAAAGCUCUACAAAAAGAUUUUAAAUCAAAUGACCGUUGUGUAGUGGUGUAAAAUGCAUUUUUCAUUUAACUUGCCUUAUUAGUGAUCUUAGUUGUAAAUGAUGAAUAACUUCUUCGAAGUAAAACUCAACACAGGCUAUGAAUAUAUUUUCUAGAAUUGUUAAGAUUAAUUUAAAAUAUUUUAUCAAUGUUGAAAUAUUUGGUUGUAAAUGUUAUGGUAUUCAAAUAUGUAUAUAUAUACGAUAUACACGUAUGACUGAUGAGUAUCGUAAAACAACAUAAUAUUUACAUGAAAUACCUCAGUUUGUUGAAGCAUGUAGAAAGAACUGCUAUGAAGUUACUAUGGGCGUUGAAGUUAUAUCUCUGAGCCCCGUUCUCAUUUGCGGUACUCUUUCAUUACAGCGUGUGACUCAUAUAGUAAAAAAUAACAUUAUUUAUAGCUCUUAAAAUCUCACUAAACAGCGAAAACGUAGGAUUAUAGACUUAAUAAAUGUUCAGUUCCUGUACUUUUUAACAGAGCCCCAACUCAUUGUGACAGUUAAUUAGUAAUUCAAUAGCUGUCAUUAUUGAUUAAGAUUUAGAUAAAUAUUUCUUUUGUUUUAUGGAAUGAUUUACGCGUUUUUAGAAAAUAAUAAAGGAGUAUCUGUCAAAGACAAUAUUACAUAGGAUUUUACAGAGUUAUAUUGAAACACACAACUGUAGUAAGUACUUUAAUAAGUUUCAAACUCUGAAAUAACAGUUAGCAUUUUCAUAAAAUAAAAAUUCACAUACCACUUCUAUUUCGGGUUAUUAGCAGAAUUAUACACAACCUAUAUAAUUAUUAUGUAAAUUAUUUAAAACACACUGUUAUAAAUGUUGAUAGUUUCAUAAAUGUAAAUAAUAUAAAGUGAAUACAACAAUGUGUUGUUGUAAAAGUGAUCUUAGCAAGGUGCUUUGAAAGAUGAUUAUAAAUAUCUGGAAUCAUGAGAUGAUUUGUAUAUUCUAUUUUAGUAGAAAUCAAAAAAUGCCUUAAUUAUUAAAUAAGGAACAGUACUUAUAAAUUAUGUAGUUAAAAUUAGAGGCAAAAGUAGUCUUCCAUAUAUAAAUAGUGACACGAUUCUCCCAAACGUUUAUUAGAUGAAUAUAAUAAAAUGAACAGAAUAAUGUGAAACGCGUAAUAUGAAGUAUGAAACUAAUGAUAGUAGUACUUAAUAUUUCAAUACAUUACGUUGUUAACCCUGACACCAAAUCUUUCCAAUAUACAUAUUGAAACUUAGGUCCAGGGAACGCUUGCCUAUUAGUGUGCCUUUACUUGUAUAAUCAUAAGUUAUAUAUUUAUUAAAUACUAUUAGAAACAUAAGAAAUGUCAAAGAAUGUUAUGUAUUAUUUAUUUUCAUUAUUCAGAGUUUACAUCUAGGUACUGUAAGAAGCUUCCUUAGAAGUUUAGAGACCUUUAGGCCCAAGUAGUUAAUAAAUAUUUUGUAAAUGAUAAAAACAUCAUCUCAUGUUUCCCAUUUUAUUUGGAAAUUGACAAAAUUUAAAUGUUUUAUUAUGAAAAGAAUUAAAUAAAAACCUAUGACUUUCGAGGCAAUUAGGUCUUGAUAAUCAAUAUUAAGACUGUGUAAAUUCAUAAAUAAACGAAUUUAUUGUACCUACCUUUCAUAACCUUUAUAUGAAAUUUACCUUGGCGAUUGAUAGGUACUUAAAAGGGAUAUUUAGACUUAAUUAUUGUGAGGCUAAUAUGGGAAGUUUCAGGAAUCUAUUAUUCAUUAUAGUCAAUUUAGCCAGUGCCUAAGCUAACUCAUUCAAAAUUAUCACUUAUUGUUUAUCUCUACUUAACCUCCUCGAAAUUAUCAUUAUCACUAAAUUAUUUAAAAUAAUAUAUGAAUUGUAUAUUAAUUUCAUAUUGACAUAUUUAAUAUAUUAUAUCAAUGAAAUAUUAUUUAUUGAGUGUUAUAUCAUCUAUUGGUGCUAAAUUAUACUUAAGAAAACGUCACAUUUGAUGUGACUGAGAUGGAUUGUCCCUUUUUAAUAUACAUAAUAUAUUGUUUGUUGACAUUGUUAUGUUAAAUAAUUGAUUAUACAUAUAUAUUUAUGAAUACAUUUAGUUUUAUCAUCCAUAAUAUUAUGUUACAUUAAUAGAUCAUAACAAAUAAUGGGACUUCCUAUAAGAAUCGGUUAUAUUAUUAUCCAGUCAUAAAUAUGUAAAAUCUUGUUGAAAAUAUUGACAAACAUACCUUUGUAGACGCGUUUCCAAAAUUAUUGUUUUGUAUUAAAUAAUAAUUAUAAUAACUUACUUUCAACAAAUUAAUAAUAACGCAAAUAUAUUUAGACAGAAUGUUAUAAUUAAAAAUAGAGUGUACAAUCUAUACACGACAGAUUCUAAAGAGAUAGUUUUAAAUUAUUUAUUUAUAACCAAAUAAGGAAUUACUCAUACUGAUAAUUAAUGGUUUAGGUACAAAUUCACUUGAAAGAAUUCAACGAAUUUCUGAACAUAAUUAUUUUAGUGUUUUUGGUUCUAAAUAUACCAUUUUACUUACACUUGACCAGUAAUUAGGUAAUCAAUAUAAAUUAAAAUUGACCAAGUUUUCUGAUUGUAACAACCAAAAUAUAUUGUCGAUUUACAAUAAUGUUUGACGAUCGAUGCAUAAUAACAGCAUGUUUUGAUAAUGUGGGGGGUAUGUCUGAACAACUACUUACAGUUUAAUAAGUACGUAUGUAAUUAUUAUUGUUGUUUUGUUCGACAAGACUUACAAGCAAAAAAUAUUAUAAAUAAAAGUAAUUAAUAUUCUACUGGAAAAGCAUUAAUAUGUUCAGGGAUUCAUUGAAAAUUAACAAUGCUCUCAUAGAUUUUUUCGGAACUUGCAAAUAGAUAAGUUUAAAUGAUAUAAUUAUUGAGUAACUUCACACAAAUUACGAUAUGGAAUAGUCUCUAGCCAAAUGUUAAGUAAAUCAUAUUUUUUUUGUUAUUUGCACUUAGACAAUAGCAAAUGCAAAGAGUAAUGUUUAGAUAUAUUUAGAAUUGACAGUUACACGAUAAUAGAAUUACCUAUUUGUUAAUGAAAGAUACAUUGGUAUACAAUAAGGUGUUAAUUACUAUUUUUAGAAUCUUUAAAGAAAAUAAUAAAAGUUACAGCAAAACAUUAAUUAUUUCAAUUAUUAUACAUAUUUUUUUGUUUUGUUACGUUACUUUAAUACCCUUGUUUAAUUUCUCUUUAUGUUUGUGACUUUGAUAUUGUAUUGUUUGUUAAGUAUCUACUUGAUGAAUGUUUUUUCUAUUCUACCACUCUUCAAAUUGAAUAUAAUAAUAUUCUUAGAAGAAAAUAAGAAUUAACUUUGAAAUUGUUUUCCAGAUUUCUCAGUUUUACUGUUAAAAUUAUUCAUAAUUAUAAAUUCGUGUUUUUAGAUAACUUCUUAUUGUUACUCGUGAUAUUCAUAGCAACGACGAGAAAAGCUGAAGUUUGAAACAAUUCUUAUAAAAUUAAUUUAAUGUAUAAUCGUAGCAAAGUAACAACACGGGUUAUUAGUAAAGAAUAGUUUAAUGGAUAAGUUAUUUAUAAUUUAAUAGACAUAAAUAGUGUUGUUAACAAUCGAGUGAAUUUUUUAAACAAUAGAAUGUUUAUUAGUCACGACGAGAGGACUGAUCAGGUAUGUUAUCCUAUGGUACUACUCUCCGUUUAGUAGUCGGUGUGGUUAGAGCUAGAUACAAUAAUAAUUAUUAUGCUUUCUAUGUUGCUCAAAUUGAUGCUAUGCGAUGAACAAGUAUUUUGGUCCAGUACAAAUUGUUUGCUUUUGUAUUUUUAUUUUUUAAAUUAAACACUAAUGCAAUAUUAAGUAUCCAAAUGAUAAUUUUACGAGGCUAUCAAUAUAUCCAUCUGUUCAGUUUAAUCUGAACGUUUUGUUUCCUAUUUUCAAAUACUGAAGGCAGCUAAUAUAUCAACCUUCUUUUAAAUAUAAUUUUCAGUUAUGCAACACAAUGUUGCAGUUCUAUACGAAUCUUUCAAUUACUAUUAAACCCACCUUUUGUGAUCUUAUGAGCUAAGUUAACUGAAGUGUUAUUUUUGUAAUUAUGUACCUACUACUGAACUUGCCGAAAUAGUUCCAAAUGCAAACACUUGAGUCCUAUUAUGUCAUAGUGAAAUCUGUUCUUUUUUGUUAUUAUAUUUUUUAAUUUAUUAUUUAAUUAAUAAAUUAUGAUUAGGUUACAUAGUUUCAUUAAGCAGUUUAACUUUGCUACAGUUACUUGUUCAAAUCUCAUCAAUACAAAAACGAUCACUUGGCAUCAUUUCAUUAGUUAUUUGUUUAUGUUUAGUUUUAUUUUUGUCAAAUUGCCAAUACUUACUUGUAUUAGUACUUUUUUGUUUUAGUUUAAACUGUUUAUUUAUAAACUUACUACACGGACACAAUGGUUUUAUUCUCUAAAAGAAAAACGCAGUGCGUUUAUACGGUGCUAUUAUUUAUUUACUAUCAUACUAUUAGGUGUUGAUAUUAAGAACAAUCCUGAGAGAACGCGAGACAUUGUCCGUGUGGUAGGUCUUUUUUUGUUUUGAUGUAUUUUUUCACCCAUUAUCAUUUGAUUUGAACAAAUAAAGGUUAAUAUAUUUUC